AUGGACAUUGACAAUGUGUCAGAGGUUUCUCAGUAUGUGCAGAUACUAGAUCGACAGCGGAUGGCUUUGAAAGCCGCCAUGCGUCGUCAAGGGCAGCACCCCAAAGACAUGAAAUCUCGACUGGAACUCAUCAGGGACUUCAUGAUGAACGCUUCAUCGCAGCAAGUGUACUGGCUCCUAAGACAAAACAGCAUGCAGUUGCAUACCUCCUUUGUUGCCAAUACAUAUGCGCCAUCUACCACGCCUCUUAACAAGUUGAAGCCAAUACAAAUCAAAGACCUGAGACUGGAAACUCAUCACCGCGGUAGCUAUCUUCUCGUCCGGGCAUCAACACCUCCCACCAGAAUGACAGCGAUCAUGGCUAUUGUUGAGGACGAAAACGAAGAUGCUAUACAGCUGCAACUCUAUCAACAGCCGGACGAGAAGGUUCGCCCAGCUACAAGUGUCAUUAUGAAGGAUGAUGCUUUCUUGAUAAAGGAGCCGUAUUUCAAAACUACAAGUGAUGGCGGUUAUGGUCUUCGAGUCGAUCAUGUGAGCGAUAUAACCUACCUCGAUGCACAUCAUAAUCUGUUGCCAGAGAAGUGGAAGCCUACGGUUAUCGACAUCAGUAAGUCUGCAGAGGACUGGAAGCAAGAAGGUAAUGAGGCGAUGGAGAAGAAACAGUAUUGUGAGGCCAUUCAGAAUUAUACAGCGGCUCUCAAGUAUAGUCCUUCCGCCCAUCUUGCAGAGAUAAUCCGUCUCAAUCGCGCAUUGGCAUACCUCAAGGAUGGAAACUUUGAUGCUGCAUUGAUUGACACGGGAUGCAUGAUCUCCCUUAUAGACGCACCAGAAAAAGCACUGUACCGAGCAGGACAAGCUUUGUAUGGGCUCGAAAGAUUCUCUGAAUGCCAUGAUAUUUUCAAAAAUCUCUGCGCAAAGUAUCCCAACAAUUCUGCUGCUACCGCAGGGCUCAGGCGGGUUUGUCGCCGUGUAAAAGAGCAGGAAAGUGGAAUGUACGACUUUAGGUCAAUCUACAAGGAGCUUUCAACAACUAGACCUCCGCACUUAGACCACGCAACAUAUGUUGGACCGGUCGUCGUCAAGUCUUCCCCGGACCGUGGACAAGGAUUAUUUACUACUAGAGCCGUGAAGGUAGGAGAACUGCUUUUGUGUGAGAAGGCGUUUGCUCAUUGUUAUGCUGGAGUGUCAAAAGACUCGGAUAUCCAUGCAAAAACUACCCUUCUGAUCAAUGUCCAUACGAAUCGAAUGAUAGUCGGGACGCAGGGAGAUCUCAUAACGGCCAUCGUACAAAAGCUCUGGAAGAAUCCAUCCCUUAUUCCCGAAUUUACUGCGCUUCAUCGUGGAUCUUAUAAGCUUGCGAAAGAAACCGAGGUUGAUGGGAAACCAGUCAUUGAUACCUUCCUUGUUGAACAAAUCAUGGCUCUCAAUGUCUUUGGCUGCCCUCUCUCUACCUUUGAGAGCCAAUCAUCAGAGCCCGAAGAGGAUGACAAGCAUCACUCAUGCGGCAUCUGGCUCAUGACUUCAAAAAUCAAUCACUCUUGUCUUAGCAAUGCUCGUCGAAGCUUUCUUGGUGACCUACAAUUGGUUCGGGCUACAAGUGAUAUACCCGCGAAUACAGAAGUGACAUACUGGUACAAAAUGCCCACGGGAGAGAGCGAUGAAAUACAAAAUGAUUUAAAACAUUGGGGAUUUCGAUGCAAGUGUAUCAUCUGCAUUGAUUUGGAAAACGCAACCAGAAAAGAAAUCACAAUGAGAAAGAAGUUGCUCAGAAAUUUCAAGAUAGUUUUGGACGCGAGCCAUGUAUCUAUUCCCCAAGCCGAAAGUUUGUUGCAUGCUCUCGAAAAGACGUACAAGCGUCCGGCAACCGACGUUCCACGACUAGCGUUACGAGAAUCAUAUUUCAGAUUAGCUCGAGUUUACUCCCAGCGGAAAAUCGCCCAGAAAGCUGUAUCGACGACGCUAAGAGCCUUGGAGUCCAUUGGCUUCGUGAUCAACAAUGCAAGCUUACCUGCGCUCCCGGCAAACCUCUUGAGAUUGCGAAAUGGGGGUUAA